AUGCAGUGUGACGAUAUCACGUGGAACAUCCUUCGUAAGGGCCAGUGUGCCUUUAAAGUAUGGGCUAAACCAACUCUGUUUUGUCGGAAUGAAAUGAAUCUGACUGGUCUAUGUAAUCGUGCAUCUUGUCCCUUAGCAAACUCUCAGUACGCCACAGUUAGGGAAGAAAAUGGUGUCUGUUAUUUAUACUGCAAAGUGAUUGAAAGAAGUCAUUAUCCAAGAAGAUUAUGGGAAAAAACGAAACUUUCGAAGGAUAUGAAUAAGGCACUAGAACAGAUUAGUGAUGCUCUUCUUCAUUGGAGUGAAUACGUCCGUCACAAGUGCAAGGCAAGACUUAUUCGAAUCCAUCAGUAUCUUAUCCGUAUGAGGAAAAUGGCUCUGAAGGGAACGCAGAAGAAAAUCAUACCAGUUGCACGUAAAGUUGAACGGCGUGAGAAACGUCGUGAAGAAAAGGCUUUAAUAGCUGCGAAAUUGGAUAAGGCUAUUGAAAGUGAACUGCUUUCACGGUUACGACAAGGAACAUAUGGUGACAUUUAUAACUUCCGACAACAAGCUUUUGAACAGAUGCUUGAUGAGAACGAAGCUGUGAUGGAACGAGAAGAGGAAAUAGAGAUGGAAGAUGACGAAGACGUAGGCCGGAUGCAGUACGUGGCUGAUUUGGAGUCAUCAGAUGAAGAAGAUGAGGACGAUAUUGAGGACACACCUGGAGGUCAUUGGUCACCUCCCGAAACUGAUAGCGAGGAAGACGAUUGGCAGCGACCAGAAGAGAGCGAAGAGGACAACGACGAUGAAGAAGAGAGUGAAGGAGACACGUCCGGAGAACCACCAAAGAAGAAACCGAAGAAAAAAGCCGGUAAAAAGAAGCAGCUCAAGAAAAAGGCACCGAAAACAAAGCGACCACAUGUGGAAAUCGAGUACGAAGACGAGUCGGAACUGCGUACGAAGAUCAAAGCAUAG